AUGGCGUUGAGGAGCUCGUUCUUAACAUUCUUGGUCUGUGCAGCUCUCCUCCCCGUCCUCUUCAAGGCGGUGGAUGCUCAGGGCCUGAAGGUGGGGUUCUACAAGAAGACGUGCCCCAAGGCCGAGACCAUCGUGCGGCAGACGGUGGCCAGCUUCGUCGCGAAGGAUGCGACCGUGGCGGCGCCACUGCUCAGCCUGCACUUCCACGACUGCUUCGUCAGGGUAUGAGACAACGUUACUCCCCCCAACGCCUGUCAGCGCUUCGGCGCGCGCCUCUGCUCAUUUCGUCAUCAGCGACGAUCACAUCAUCUUGACCUUGUAGCUCCCCAUCUUGCUCCUGUUCUUUUGCCAGGGUUGCGACGGCUCGGUGCUGCUCGACUCCACCAAGGGCCAUCUCGCCGAGAAGGACGCGACGCCCAACCUAAGUCUUGACGGGUUCGACGUGAUAGAUACCGCUAAGGCGGCCGUGGAAGCCGCAUGCCCGGGGGUCGUCUCGUGCGCCGACAUCGUCGCACUCGCCGCAAGGGACGGGGUCGUGCUGGUAAUCAAUCAAUUACAACCACUUGCGGGUAGAAAAAUCGAGUUAUAUCUAUCCGUUUUGUAACCCCCACUGGUUAACCGGGUCUUCUAUCCUUGUUUAUGCCGGUGCAGAACAACGGGCCGAGCUGGCAAGUUGAGACAGGGCGGCGGGACGGGCGCGUGUCGUCGGCGUCGGAAGCCGUCGCCAACCUGCCGUCGCCCUUCACGGAGAUCAGCGAACUGAAAGCAAUCUUCGCGAGGAAGGGCCUCAGCGCCGAGGACCUCGCAGCCCUCUCAGGUCGGUCGCUCGGUCUGUUGUUUCUGCCGCGCCAGUCGCCCUCCUCCUCCGGCGAGCGGUCUGCGAGUUUCAUGCGUUCUUCUUUCUAACUUGAUGACGAUGACUCUGAUGGUGCUUGUCAGGAUCCCACACCAUCGGGAACGUCCAUUCCAACGCAUUCACCAAGAGGCUUUACAACUUCACCGGGAAGGGCGACAGGGACCCGUCUCUGUCCCCCGCGUACGCCCAGAAGCUGAGGUCGCAGUGCCCGCGAGGGGACGAGACCAGCAUCGUGGAGAUGGACCCGGGGAGCGCCGUUAGAUUCGAUACCAGCUACUACGCUCGAGUGGUCGACCGGAAGGGGAUCUUCCGCUCCGAUGCCACGCUGCUCCAAGAAAAGGUGACCAGGGACCUGGUGUACCAGUACACCGGGAGCACCUCCGACUUCUUCCACGACUUCGGUGUCUCCAUGAUAAAGAUGGGCAGCAUCGGCGUCCUUACGGGGGCGCGAGGAGAGAUUCGGAAGCACUGCGCUCUCGUCAACGCCUGA